AUGUCUGAAAAAGUGGAUGUCUCCCAUACCACUGAGACCUCCACCUCCGCUGCCACCUCGACCCCCAGCUCCCAUACCACUGCGACCUCCAGCUUCGCUACCACCUCGACCCCCAGCUCCCAUUCCACUGAGACCUCCACCUCCGCUGCCAUCUCGACCCCCAGCUCCCAUACCACUGAGACCUCCAGCUUUGCUACCACCUCGACCCCCAGCUCCCAUUCCACUGAGACCUCCACCUCCGCUGCCAACUCGACCCCCAGCUCCCCUCCCACUGUGAACCCCAGCUCCGCUGCCACCUCGACCCCCAGCUCCCAUUCCACUGAGACCUCCACCUCGGCUGCCACCUUGACCCCCAGCUCCCCUCCCACUGUGAACCCCAACUCCACUGCCACCUCGAACCUCGCCUCCCCGGCAGUCUCAACCACCAGCUCUCCUGACACCUCAACCUCCACCUCUACUCCUACUCCCAGCUCAUCUGACACUUCAACCCCCAGCUCCCCUGCUGCCUCGACCCCCAGCUCCACUGUCGCCUCAACCCCCAGCUCCCCUGCUGCCUCGACCCCCAGCUCCGCUGUCAGCUCAACCCCCAGCUCUGCUGCCACCUCGACCCCCAGCUCCGCUGCCACCUCAAUCCCUAGCUCCACUGUCACCAUGACUCCCAGCUCCGCUGCCACCUCGACCCCCAGCUCCGCUGCCACCUCGACCCCCAGCUCCACUGUCACCUCGACCCCCAGCUCCGCUGCCACCUCGACCCCCAGCUCCGCUGCUACCAUUACUCCCAGCUCCACUGCCACCAUGACCCCCAGCUCCGCUGCCACCUCGACCCCCAGCUCCACUGCCACCUCGACCCCCAGCUCUGCUGCCACCUCGACCCCCAGCUCCGCUGCCACCUCGACCCCCAGCUCUGCUGCCACCAUGACCCCCAGCUCCGCUGCCACCAUGACCACCAGCUCCGCUGCCACCUCGACCCCCAGCUCUGCUGCCACCAUGACCCCCAGCUCUGCUGUCACUGGGACCGCCAGCUCUGCUGCCACCUCGACCCCCAGCUCCACUUCCAGAGCUACCAGCUCUGCUACAAUCUCUCCACAAUCUACAGUCACUACAUCCAAGAAUACUGGGCAUCCUACCUCUUCUGGGUCUCCUGCAGUUACACCCACCCCCGCUGUCAUCAGCUCUGCAAGUUCACCUAGCUCCAGCGCUUCUAGCGUCCCAGCCUCAUCUGCUCCCACCCCGGGUUCCAUCCCAACUAGUGGAGAUACGACUUCUUCUGGCCCACCGAGGACUGGACCAGCCACCUCUCCCAGUCUACCAGAAUCCACGACACCUUCAGGGUCUGGCGCUACCGCCUCAUCUUUUGGGCCCGUUUCUGUCACCUCACAGACCACAGCCUCUCCGGAUAGCAGCGCCCUCCCCUACUGGGCCAUCAUCCUCAUCUGCCUGGCCGCGCUGAGUCUGCUGAGCUUCUGCUCUCUGCUGGCGUUUUUCCUAAAGUCGAGGCUGGUUGGUGCCACCUCCUACUCCGUCCAGAAGGCUCAUCAGUUCCUCCAGAACCGGACCUGAUGCGAUCACAGCUGAGGGAAGAAUGGGCCAUCCAGAACCUCCGACUACAGCCACCCAUAAGGGGGCUGCUCCGAUCCGGCACGCCUGGGCUAACCCAGAGCCACUAUAGUCAGUAUUGAGCCAAGAAAGCCAGUAUUAAUCCUUAGCUGCCAGAUGAACAUAUGCUGCCUUCUGGGGGGCAGCGGUGGGAUGGCGCUUUGGUCCCCUUCCGGGGGCAGGGAACACAGAUCGGUGGAAUCUGCACUGAGAACCCAGGCAUCCUAUGUUCUGUUACAUCCAUUAGGUGGAACCCAGAAGAAAGGAACAGAGAAAAUAAAAAGGAGAUGGAUGACUAUCGAAUGGGCUGGAUGGUGGUGGGAUUGUCCAGUGGUUAGUGCAUAGGACUCCUGGCUUCUAUCCCCAAUUGUUGGAGUGAAGUGGGGUCUAGUAGGUUAAGCAGAGGGAACUGGGAGCCAGGACACCUGGGUUCUAUUCCUCUGACUGAACAGCAUCCAUUUAACAAAUAUUUUCUUUGCUGGUCUGCACUGCUGUAUUUGGCUGCCUUAGACUGUGACCUCUUCAUGGCAGGGCCUGUCUCUCUCUGUGUGUCUGUGCAGCGCCCGGCACAACGGGGCCCUGAUCUCAGCUGGG